UUGAAGGAUAGAUGAAUCGAUGGAUAGGUAGAUGGAUUGGCGAAUGGAUAGAAUGGAUAGAUAUAAGGACUGAGGAGUGGAUUGGUAGGUACUUGAUAGUAAAAAGUAUGGUUGUGUUAUGGUAGCUGUCCUUUUACAAAAAUAUCACAAUUAGAUGUAUGCAUUUGGACGGAAAUAUGACAUCGGUAAUCACGCUGAGCGAUAUGCUCGAUUGAAUAUGAUGAAAUGAACCAAAGCAAGGUCUGGCAGUGACAUGGAACAAAACAAACAUGUGUACUAAGGAACUGGUUGUUUUUAACUCUACAGGUGACUGGUGAUCUUAGUACACAGAAUGCUUUGGCUAAAAUAAACAUUAGCCAGUGGAAGUAGUACUAGUACCUCGUAGAAGAAACUCGAAACCAAACGUCUCUAAAGAAGCAGCUUUCAUUUCAUGAUGAGGCUUCUUGCCGAAUUGGUAUUCGCGUUGAUCUACUUGCAAUGCAGCUCGGAGGCACUCAGUCUCGGUGGCAUUUCAAAAUCUCUUUCCAGAGUAGGCCAUAACUUUGGUCGCGCCGUUGGCAAACUUGAUGAGCUGGAAAGUAUUGCUGCUGCCACUGGCUAUGGCGCUACUGGCAUAGAUUCAUAUUGGCAAUCAAAUACAUUAGUUGCCUUCUCGCAGAUGAAACGAGGAGAAGUUGAAGAAGCUAUGGAAACCUUCAACCUUGCAAUAGCAACUUUGGCUGUCUGGGAUUUUGGUCAAGGAAUAGCACUGCCCAUUGCUGAUAAACUUGUUAACAAGAUCAUUCUAAAGUACAGAAACGACUUUAGAAACACCCUACAAGCCUUUGACAAUCUCAGGGACAUAAUGAAGACAAACGUUUUGGAGUCAAUCUCAGGGUCUUCAUCUGAUGCGUUGAAAGGAAAACUUUUUGAUGCAAAAGGGAGGAUCGGAGCAGCAUUUCAAACAGAUAUAACAAGUGGUAUGUCAAAAUUCAAAAGCACGCAGAUUUAUGCAGAUCUUGUCACUGAUUUGAAAGGAGUGAAGCUCUGGGCAAAAGCAGCCAAAUGGGCAGAUGUGUUUGCAGGACCGUUAUUUGAUGCAGCAAAUGUAGCUGUGAGUGCGUGGCAGCUCGUUGAGGCCAUAAAGGAAAACGACGCAGUUGAAAUCGCAUCGAACGCUCUUGGAAUGGCGUCAGGUAUAGUUGGUUUAGCAGGUUUUGCAGUUGCAGCUUUGGCAACAGCUGGAACAACGAUCGCAGCUGUAGCAGGGCCAGUUGGAGCAAUUGUUGGCGCCAUUUUAGGUAUUGCUUCUGUACUUGUUGAAGUAAUUGCAUCCUUGAACCCAUACAAACAGAUCGAGCAAGACAUCCAACUCAUCAGGGAUCUGACAACAAAUUCCAAAAAGUUACUAGAUGUCGAUAAAGAGAAAUUGAAAGAAAUGGUUCCAAGCCAAUCGAAUUUUACAUUCUCGUGGAUAUAUGAAAUGAAUCAAGGACUUGCGUUGGAAUAUGUGAAAGGAAGGGAUGAAGAAAACUAUGUCCCAGUGAAGUUUCGCAGGGAACUAACUCCUAGAGAAGUAGACGGGAGGUACCCAGGAAAUCUCUUUUGGAAUCCUAAAGGAUUAGUCGACCUUGGAUUCGACUUUUAUGGAAAGAAGAUAACUGAAGACUUCAAUGGGGUGACGGUCAUUGCUGGGACAAGCCUUGUCGCUGGAAAGCCUGGUUUGGUACUCAAAGGGUUGGAUAUAGUUACGUAUGACAAAGAAACAGAGCGGUUCAAUGACUGCGUAGUUGUCGAAGAUAUGUACGAUAUUGCGUUUCAGCAUAAUGUAGAAAUCAGAACUGGGGGUGGAAAUGACGUCGUUGUUAUCAACGGAAUGGUUGGCAAGCCUGGUUACGAGAAGUACGGACCACGAUAUGGAUUUAAGGUGACCAUCUCGAUGGCAGCCGAUAAAACGGCAAGACUAAGAGGAAACGAAAUGAAUGUUCUCUCUUUUGAGGGUAUGUCGACCAAAAAUGAUUAUGGAAUCAAAGGUGUUAAUUUCAAUCUUUUAGGAGGCACCCUUCAAUAUCGGGUAAAAUCUAAAGGUGGAGCAAAGGGAGUUCUCUUGGGAGAAGUAAAUGGAGUUAAGAUGUUUGUUGGCUCACCCUUUGACGAUAUUGUUGAACUUUCGAUGGAUCAUGAUUCAGUUGUAAGACAGACAAAAGGUCGAAAUGAAUAUAUCAUUAAAACAACAAGCUGGGGACCUUUCGCCAUAACCAUUGAUGAUCAGUGUAAGAUUCCCGGGAAGAUAACAAUUGAAGAAGGCCACACAUUUGCAAGAAAAGUUGAGAACUCACAUCUGGUGUACUCAGAAUCAACAAGAAUGCUAUAUAUAUACGGUCGACAGCAAGGCAAGAGAUGGCAAAUUAGAGGCACCGUUUUCUUCAAUAGAAGAUUAGAAGGGUACCCUAUCGUAAGAACCGAGGCAGAUGGGAUGGAGCAGCCACUGAACAAGUAUCCCAGUAUUUUUGAAGCAGAUGGAGAAACAGAUUAUCUUAGAAAUCCAUCAAAAGGCGUUGAUUAUCAUUUUGAUCGAAAUCUGCGUUCAUCCGCAUGUGAGCCGUACAGAAUUUACCUUAAUCCACCUGAGUUUGAGAGAGGCAGGUAUUUCAUGACUUUCAAUAUAAGAAAGAACAACAAUGAUGUUCUGAUUUUAAGGCAAGAUUUCAUCAACAAAUGUUUGAAGAGAGGGAAGAGGUCUCUGGUUCUAUUAAAAGUAGGAGAGUCCUUUCGCAACCACUGGAUCUUGAAACUGAAAGAUGAGGAUGGAAGGGAAAGCAAAGAAUGUCCUGGUAAAGAUUUCGAAGUUGAUAUCAAUGGUCUACCAUUUGAACAACUGGUUGAAGAGAUGCCUAAUGGAAAAACAAGAGUCAUUGUGGAUAUUUGUCGCGAGAAGAGGUUUAUCGUUGAUGUUAGAAGGGAAAUGCAGAAACUAAACGAUAGAGAAGCGUACAGGUUUAACAAAGAUUUCCAGGGUUCCUUUAGCAUACCACAAGUGCUUGAGUUACGAAUACCAGAAGCACAAAGUCCAUCAUCCACUUUAAUGUACCACAUCGACAUGAAAGGAGGGCGACAGUUCAACCAAGAUUCUUUGGUUCUCUCUGGAGAUCUUCGAAGCUGGGCAACGAGAAACGGAAGAAAGUUAAUGUUUCGUAAGCAGGAUAGCGGAAAAUGGAACUUUGAAAUCAGUGAAGGUGAAAAAGUGACUCACAGGAUUCUGAUUAAGAACGUCGAGUGGAUAGAUUUUGAACCAGAGGAUGGGUCAUUUAGGCAGCCAGUUGUUCCAGAUUUGUAUGCAGUGACGGAUUCCUCCUUUGAUUUGGAGCUAAAGACAAAGGAGGCAGUCAGAUACACUGAUAUUACCUGGCCUAGAGGGGCAAAUGACUGCGAAGGCAAGGACGGUACUUCAAAGAUGACUGAAAAUGUCGAAAAGGAAAAAGAAGAAGAAGAUGAUGAACAUGUCUAAAGCAAGUAAGGUGGGAUACAGUUGUUUCGCAAAAGACCAAUCAGUAUUUCGUUCUUUUGAUCUCUUCACAAUGUCAAAUAUUUUAAGGUACCAAUGCUAAGAAAUAAUUAUCUUUCGCAAACUUUCUCUGUAGAAAAAGGAAUUCUUGCUUUGUCACAAUCUUUGACUGAAGCACCGUAUAGAAAUUAAGCUGCAACAUUAGAAUUUUUUAGAUUAAUUUCUACUUAAUCUCUUUAUAUUCUGCUAAAAAUUUACAAGACAAGUUACCUAUUACGCUACCUACUAAUUACUCAAGAAGCAUUACAAGGACGUUGAUACCACGGAGAGCAAUAGACCGACCAUGACAACCCCGUGGCAAAUUAACAUAGAAAGAAUAAAACUACCAGGUGAAUCCGGAAAGAUGCACCACCCGCCCUCAAAGCCGCACCUGAGAGCCACCAACCGACACACAUAAUUGGAUGCGAAUUAAACAAUGCCAUAAAAAUUAUGACCCAGGCCUCACUUGAGGAAUUAUUAUCGAGUGUGUGGCCCCCACCACGACUUCCCAAGCAUGCAGCACCCCUCCCCGACCCACCCAUUACAUUUCAUAAAAAUACACAGAAGAACAUAAGAAUACUACAAAAGAAUUUAAUUUACAUCUACUGGACGGAACUUUACAAAAAAGAUGCUUUACGAUGACGUACUUGGUGGUUAUGCGAGGUAUAACAAACUAUGGUGCGGUCCUAAUGAAGUCAACCAGUUUCAUGGAUGAAUCUUAGAGUCAAUUCAAGAAUAUUUUUUUAAGAUCAUUCGGGAAAUCUUUGUCUCCAUAUAAUAAAAGAUGCGUCAAGAGCUCGUUUGGAAUAUAUUUUAGAUUCAUAGCUCUCGGAAGAAAAUAUAACUGUCUGGUGUUGUGUUAGGUAAUAAUAAAUAUAUAAGAGUGACUUCGUCAGAUGUUUCUGUUCAAGUGUACAAGUCAGAAACCGUUGUUUCUGUAGAAAUUAUAUUUUCGUUUUUGAAACACCAAACGCUGCACGCCACCCAAAGUACAGAAACAUCGAUGUGGAUGAUGUUUUGAGAACUCCCCCAGGACCCCUCCGUCGCCUCCCCGCUUCCGACGGCCUUGGUAAUUAAAACAUUGUUUAUUAUUAUGUGAAUUCCCUGUUUAGUUAGGCCUCCCUUUCAAGUAAGCCCAAAUCCUUUUACAGAAAAUAGUUUUCCAGAAAGGUGAUUCUAUUCAUUUAUUCAUUGUACGUCAGGGCCGCGUAAAGGAUUUCUGGGCCCCAGGUCAAAACAAAAGAUAAAAGCAAGGCACACCGGAAGGGACCCUUUUAAGGGGUCCGGGGAAACUUUUUGAGAUGAUGGUUGCUAAAAUUGCGGCUAUUGUAUGCUGAAAUUGCGAUGGAGUCUAUUACUUCUCUAGUCUUUUCAAUAUAGUUUAAAUAUGACGGGUAUACUAUUGUCACAAUGCAUGCAUGUUUCUUAACUAUAAAAUAUGCAAUUCUUUACAUUUAAAAAAAUCUUAGGAAGUGACAAACCUUUAAAUACUAAAUUUGAUCAAAACGGACAUGCUGCACCAAAUAGAUUUUUACUAUUCAAAUAAUUUGAAAAAAACUUUACACCUAACAAUCAGAAUGCAACCUUUCAAUGUCAAUACAAAACUAGUUGAUUCAAUCUUGGAAGAAGCUUGUUUAGACGAGGGGCUAGAUGUCCCAAAAAAUUGAGCACCAAGAGAAAUCAGUCGAGUUUAUCUUUAUCUUGAAGUGAAAACCAGGAAAAGGCCUUUGGUAAAAUUCAAGAUAAUGGCGGCAUUGUUAUUAUGGAUAGUGUUACAGCAAAGAUGAUUAGUUGAUUCACGUCAAUUGGCAAGAUAUGGGAGGGAUUCAGUAUUCUUUGAUUUUACACAAGGUUGAAGGAAGAUGACCUAGCCAAAAAAAUGCAAAAUUCUGCGCAGCAUAAAAGGAUGACAUAUCUCCUAACAUCACUGAUGAGUCAUUGCGGCUAUUGAACAAGCUUAAGCAUUUGAAUUUGCAACGCUUACUUCCCAAUGUUUUCAUUGCAUUAAGGUUGUUUCUGAAUUUGCCUGCUAAGGUUGCAUCAGCUGAAAUAUCGUUGAAAUUGUCCAUAGAAACUGAAAUUUCCGAAAAACUUGACCAUAGCUCCAUCAUUGACCAUUGUACAAAUGCAAAGACAUACAUAAAGCUACAAGCUCUGUUUGACAAACAUAAUGGGGCUAUAAUACUGUUGCUGCUUCUACUUUAUUUUUGCUAUUAUUGACAGGUUUUGAUAAUCGAGAGGCUGAACUGCUAAUUAUUAAUUUUUUAGCCAAUUUUCUAUCUAUGGGCCCCUAAAGUCAUGGGCCCCCGGGUCAUUGACCCCCCCCC